AUGGGCGCUGCUCAGGCGGUAGCUGAAACGAGAACUUCCCCGACAACGCAGGUGCCGGUACCUCCUCGGCUCUGUCAUCAACUAUGCUGCGAGACUUCCGGUGAAGAUAUCAUCGAACUGUUCGACACGACUGCGAAAUCGACCAUGGAGGACCCAUCGUCCAGCACCCUCAUGCUGCAACCGUCCUAUCAGAGGGCCGCGGGUUGGCCAGAGCACUUUGAGCGCGAGUUGGACGAGCUUCGCAUCCUCGGAGUCCUCGGGUUCGAGCUCCGAGGAUUGUCCCGAAGAGCAAAGAUGAUAAGCCUGGUUCGCCGCCAGCCACCUUUGCAUUCGCUGAACAAGCGCGGACCGAAGCGAAAGGGAAAGACUUCGGCAACCGAGGUUACAAAACCACCUCAGGAAGCCACGAGUGGCCGAUCAGAGUCCAUCGACGACAUUUUCUCGAAGGCAAAGUCGAAGGCGGCUUCCGCCGCACAGCCAGAAGGAGGUAGCAAGAGGAGGACCCAAACGGGCGAUGGGAAAAGACAGAAAGAAGUCAAGAAGCCCAAGCGCGGUUCGGUAGAAGAUCCCUUUGGACGGUCUAGCGACUGGACAGAUGACGGUCUCGGUGGCAUCUACAACCAAGAAGGGUGGACUGGGAGGCGAACCAAGGAUGAGUUGCGCAUAUUCAAGGCGCAUCUGAUCAAGGUGGGUGAAGGCGGUGGCACGCCUCUGUGUCCAUUCGACUGCUCUUGCUGCUACUAA